AUGUCUGAGGCUGAACGUAUUUCCCUGUUUGAAUCGAUUGGUCUUACUCCACAACGCGCCAGAGAGACAGCCAAGAACAGUAAACUGGCAUCCACCUUUGAACUCGUCAUUACAGAGGCUGGAUACUCAAACACUGGUUGCGAUAAGGCUACAGGAGCUUUGCUCUAUGCACUUGCUUCCACAAUAACCAAAGAUGCAACUCCUCAUUUGGGAUAUAUCUCGCGGGCUAUAUGUAGUAAAAAAUUGAACACGGCGGACCAAGUCGCUGCCGCUAUAAGAUUUACGGCGAAUAAUCCCGAAACAAUUGAUGAUUCUAAAUUCAAUGAAUACUGCGGCGUUGGCGUAACCGUUACACCAGAGCAAAUUAGCGAAGCCGUUAGUGAUCUUAUUGCCUCAAAUAAAGAUGCUCUUAUAAGGGACAGGUAUAAAAUGCUCGGACGAUUACUAGCUGAAGCAAAACAACUCCCUUCUCUAAAAUGGGCUGUUGGCGUCGCCGUCAAGGAGGAAGUAGAAAAGCAAGUCUUGGCUUUAAUCGGACCCAAAGAUGAACGAGAUGUAGUAGUCAAGAAAAAGAACAAAAAAGAAAAAGAAAACAAUGCUCAACCCUCCGCAGCACCAAAGAAGACUACGAGCAGGAUCCCAACAAUGUUUCUGGAAGGAGAGCUUGCUAAGUUGCAUAAACCAGGUGGUAACAAGCAAAUUAAGCCCGAGAUCAUGGAGGAACAUCUUAAAGCAACUGGAGGAAAAGUAAUAACACGGUUUCCACCCGAACCUAAUGGAUAUCUCCAUAUCGGACACGCCAAGGCUAUUAACGUAAAUUUUGGAUACGCGCUGGCUAAUAACGGUGUAUGCUAUCUCAGAUAUGAUGAUACAAACCCUGAAGCCGAAGAAGAGCGUUAUUUCAUAUCGAUCAAAGAAACAGUAGAAUGGCUUGGAUUUAAACCAUGGAAGAUUACCUACGCGUCAGAUAAUUUCGACAAAUUAUAUGAAUUAGCAGUUGAACUGAUAAAGCGUGACAAAGCUUACGUAUGCUUUUGUACACCCGAAGAAAUGCAUGAGAUGCGUGGUGGGGACAACGGUGGAGCGCGUCGAGAGUGCAGUCAUCGUAAUCGACCUAUAGAAGAGUCUGUGGCGGAUUUUGUCAAAAUGAAGGAAGGAAGAUUCAAGGAAGGUGAGGCUACUCUGCGUAUGAAAAUGGACAUGCAGAGUGGUAAUCCGCAGUUUUGGGAUCUUGUUGCUUAUCGGGUUAUGUAUAAGCCUCACCAUCGCACUGGUGAUAAAUGGUGCGUUUAUCCGACAUAUGAUUUCACUCAUUGCUUGUGUGAUUCGUUUGAGAAUAUUACGCACUCGUUAUGCACGCUUGAAUUUCGCAUGUCGCGUGAUUCAUAUUAUUGGUUAUGUGAUGCAUUAGAAGUGUACAAGCCUGUUCAGUUUGAGUAUAAUAGAUUGAACAUCAACAAUACGAUAACGUCUAAACGCAAGAUUGCAAAACUUGUUAACGAAGGUUAUGUGUUUGGCUGGGACGAUCCGAGGCUUUAUACAUUACUGGCGCUUCGACGUCGAGGUGUUCCUCCUGAAGCUAUUAAUGGCUUUGUCCAAGAUCUUGGUGUAACUACUACUUCAAAUACUACCAUCCAAGUCUCGCGCUUUGAGAAAUAUGUCCGCGAUUAUCUGGAUGAACAUGCGCCGCGGUUAAUGGCAGUCAUAAAUCCAUUGAAAGUAAUAAUCGAGAAUCUGCCUGACGAUCAUCUUGAAGAAUUGACCGUUCCGUUCAAGCCCAGAGAUCCUUCAAUGGGAGAGCAUUCCAUACCCUUCACAAAAGUCUUAUACAUUGAUCAAUCGGAUUUCCGAGAACAAGAUUCUCCUGAUUACUUCCGCCUUGCUCCAGGAAAAACCGUUGGCCUUUUAUAUGUUCCACAUCCCAUUACAUGUAUAGACGUCAAGAAAGAUGUAGAUGGAAAUAUCGUUCACUUGGUGUGCAGAUAUGAUAAUGGUCCAGAUAGGACGAAACCCAAAACAUAUAUUCAAUGGGUCAGUGAAUCUUCAAAACACAAAUCUCCCAUUAAACUUGCAGAAGUGCGGGUAUAUAGUCACUUAUUUAAGUCUGAGAAUCCAGUAUCAAAUCCAGAUGGAUUCUUGGCAGACAUCAAUGAAACUAGCCUUGAUAUUGCGAAAAACUCUCUUAUUGAAAUUGGAAUGCGGGAUGUGAUUGAUAGUGCAUUGAAAUCUAAGCCAUGUUUAGAAAAUGUUCGAUUCCAGGCACUUCGAGUAGGGUAUUUCUGUUUAGACAAAGACACGAUUUUAAAGGAGGCUGAGGGUGAAGAGCGACUUAUUCUUAAUCAGAUUGUCACUUUAAAGGAAGAUCCAAAGAAAAGCUAA